AAAAGUCCAAUGUAUGUGUCCACACGCAGCCAGCAAAAAUCUCUCGAACCCUUGAGCUUCCACGCAGCCAGCAAAAAUCUCUUGAAUCCUUGAGCUUCCACGCAGCAAGCUCGAUCUCUCGAACUUCCACCGCCACCCUCCGUCAACAAGUUUGCCUUCCCUUGGUGAAGAGCUCCGUCGAAGUGCAUCAUCUCUCUCUCACUUGUGGCAUCGUGUGUCUCAUUGGGCAGAAACCCUAGGCCCCAAUCCCGUGAAGGAUAAGAAGGAAUAAUGGUUAAUCCGCUUAGUUCUGUUAUGAUGUAGAGAAGAAGAAGAAUGGCGGCGAUAACGGCAACAACAAGGAGAACGAAGACUCCACCAUCACCUAAAGCAUUCAAGCAUGUUUCUUUCUGUGGAGUUGUCUGUGGUAUCCAUCCCCACAUAUUCUCAUUUCAAUUUGCAUUUGCAUUUCAUUUGGCACUUUGUUUCUUUCAGGAAGCUUCGUUUAGGCAUCGAUGGCCUCGUUCGAUGAAACUCCUCCCAGAAACUCCAAGAACGGCGAGAAGAUCUUCAAAACCAAGUGCGCUCAGUGCCACACCAUCGACAAAGGUGCCGACAACAAACAAGGUUCAAGAGUUACUCUGUAUUGAUGUUGAGGGAAACAUUAUGCUUGUUGAGACAUACCAAACUUUCUCAGCCUACACCAUUGAAGAAUGUGGCAGAAAAAUUGGACUGAUGGCGCAAAUUCUGCUCCAUGGGACUCUUCACGCCACUGUCUAUGAAGUCGAUAAGCUCAAAAUUGGUGGAGGCAACUUUUUAACCAAGAUGGGUUCGAAGAUGGCUAUAGUGAUCGUAGCCUUGUUCGCCGUGCUCCUUUUCAUCUCCCCAGAGGUGGCAUGCAGGGAUUUCAAAGAGGAGCUAGGUGAGGUUGUCAAAGAGACUAAUGAGGAGAGUGAUGCCAGAUUAGCCGGUAGUGGUGGUGGUGACCUUGAUCUGUCUCAUGGUCCGUGGAUAGGAAAUUGCCGUCGUGAAAGGCACGUUCCUGAUCGCCCGAGCCGACCGCGAGCUUAUUAACAAUUGAGACAAUGUAUACAGUUCUACGUACUAAAUAAUAUAUUUCAUGAAUAAAAUCUGGUGUUGUAUGUGAGAGGCAUGCACAGACAGCAAGGCCUGUCUUUCUUACCACUAGAGAUAUAUUUCAAAAACAGAAAUAAUGUUGAAUAAUACGAUUGUGCCGUUGUGACAAGUUUAAGACCAAACUCAAAUAUAUACUGUAAUAGUUUGUCA